AACUGCUUUAGCGACCAAUCUCCAAGCGCACUGUAAAAUACCGGAAGUGAGGACUCGACCGUUCCAAAGACGAGGCUGAGGCGGUCUUUGAUCAUAGUCUUUUUACUUUAUACAAUUUGAACAACGCGGCAUUCACGAGGAGUGACUUUAAACACCUGCCGCACAACAACAGACGCAUCCGGAUAAAAGUCGCCAGUGAACCGGGGUCGCUUUGGGUUAAAAAAAAAACAGCAGGCCACAUGGAGGCGCCGCAGCGGAUGAAAGCCGCCGCGCAGCGCUGCGUCGACGCGCGCAGACACGAGCUGCACGCUUUGAGUCGGGACAUCUGGAGUCGUCCCGAACUCGGCGGAAACGAGACGCACGCCCACGACACGCUGGUCCGCUUCUUCUCUCGAGACGAGGCGUGGACGGUGCACGCUCACCACGUGCUGCCGACCGCGUUCCGGGCCAGCUGGGGCCCGGCGGGGGGCGGAGCCGGAGCCGGAGAGCCGCCGCUCAACGUGGCGUUCCUGUGCGAGUACGACGCGCUUCCGGGUAUCGGACACGCGUGCGGUCACAACCUGAUUGCGGAGGUGGGAGCGGCCGCCGCGCUCGGGCUGAAAGCCGCGUUAGAGACGCGGACUGAUCUGCACCGCCCAGUGAAGAUAACAGUUCUGGGAACUCCUGCAGAAGAAGUUAACGGCGGAAAGAUCGACCUGAUCUUGGCCGGGGCCUUUGCUGACUUUGACCUCGUCUUCAUGGCUCACCCGGCUCAGCAGGAUGCAUCCUUCCUGCCCUGCAUCACAGUCGACGAGGUGCUGGUGAAGUACCACGGGAAGGCCGCUCAUGCCUCUGCGUACCCUUGGGAGGGAGUGAAUGCCCUGGAUGCUGCUGUGCUGGCCUACAACAAUCUCUCUGCACUCAGACAGCAGCUCAGGCCAGAGUGGAGGCUCCAUGGCAUCAUCAAACACGGGGGGGAGCAGCCCAACAUCGUCCCUGCCUUCACCCAGCUGGAGUUCUAUCUGCGCACGCCGCAGGUUGAGGAUCUUCGUGUCCUGAAGGCCAAAGCGGAGGCUUGCUUCAGGGCCGCUGCUGUUGCCACCGGAUGCCGAGUGGAGAUAACCUACCCUGGCCAUUGCUAUUAUAAUAUUCUGCCUAAUGCAACGCUGGCCAAGCUGUAUGAAAAUAAUGGAACGGCUUUGGGGAUCCAGUUUCAAGAGCAGUCAGCCAACUUCUCUGGUUCUACAGACUUUGGAAACGUGUCGUUCGUCGUCCCCGGUCUCCACCCUUUCUUCUACAUCUGCACGGAAGCGCUUAACCACACCGAGGAAUACACCGAAGCAGCGGGAGCUGAAAAGGCCCAGUUGUUCACCCUGAGGACAGCCAAAGCGUUGGCAAUGACAGCUGUGGAUGUCGUGUGCUGCCCUGAUCUGCUGAGGCAAGUGAGGGAGGACUUCCGCCUGGCCAAACUGAAACAGGAGAAACCACUAAAAGACGGCGACGCGGCUUUGACAGCUCCAUAAAAACAAGCAUUUCAUAACUGACGAUUUGGUCAUUGGGCUUCAACUUGAGAGCACAUUUGAAUAGUUUGGAUGGUUGGACGGUUAAGGUUGUAAAACUUCAACCCAUUGUGGUGUAUAAUCUCUUUAGUAUUUCAAAUACCUCCGUCAUCAUGUUGCAGAGGUUCACUCUCUACAACCCGUUAUAAACGUGGUGCUGGAACUAGAAAGCCGUAACAUCAAGUGAUUAAUCCUGACAUUUAAAAUAGUACAAUUACAUGAAACUAAUAAGUGUAAGCAAGUUAGCUUCUAGGUAGAAUUGUUUAUAUUUUUCACAUAAAUAAUAUUCCAACAGCUGGAUUUAAUCACAUUAAAUUAUGUACAACCGGUAAUGGUGAUGAUGAAACAUCACCACCCCGAGACAGUUUUACUCAAAGAGUUUCAUUUAAAGUUUACUCUUUAUAAACAAUUGUAAAUGUAUAUGAAAACCUUUGUGAUUACAAAAAUAAAACUUGAUUUAUAGAAUAUCUUCUCCAACAGUUGUGCUUGCUUAGAACGUUCAGUGUCCAUGUGCCAGCUUGCUAUAUUUGCCCAUGACUGUGCAUUUUUUUUUAGCUGUGGUCGUCCCUGAAACGGUUCCUACCCAGCUGAAGACAGAGCGCUACCUUGCACUCAUCGCACAUCCAGGGUGUGUUUUUGUGGCAGACAGUGCAUUGUUUCCUCCCCUGGCCUGCCUUCUCUCUUUUCUCAGGUCUCUUUUGUUGGUGGGGACAGGGAAGUGGCCUGAAGUUGGGGGCUUAGGUGGGCCAGCCUGUGGCACGCCGAGCAGCGUCGCACACAGCUUCUCCUGAAAACGCCUGGCGUGUCGUGGGCUUCAGCUGCCGCAUCACGCCGAGCUCCUUGUGCACAAUGAAGCUGUUUUUCUGUGCACCGCGUUUGUUCUCAGCCUCUGAUCAGAAGCGUGCACUCACAGCUGUGGGUCUGGGGACGGGUAAUGUCUCAUUAUCGGUCUCCUCCGCGUACACAGGAAGGACAGUUGUGCACAUGGAGACCUCCCGUGCGUCUUUCCAUUUUACAAAGAGCAGGUCCUCAUCCCCGAGCCAUCUGAUGGAGCCUCUCUUGCAUCCAGGGCUUUCUCCUGCGUUGUUGGGACACCGGUCGUGCACCGCCUGUAAGAUUCCACAAGCCCCGAACCCCUGCUGGCUCAGAUGACGGAACAGAGGGGGGCAAGUGUAAAAAUGGUCAAAGUAGACAAUGUCGCCCCCCAGAUAGUCCUCGUUCACCAGCUGCUCCACCAUGUCAGAUGCAAGUCCCUUCCCCGGAGCGCCGUGGUUCUUCCCUGUGUAUAAUAUGAGGUCAACUGUGCACCCAUUCAUAUCAGCCAGCGCAAAACAUUUUAUCCCCCACUUUGUCACGUUAUAUUUUGAUCAUCCUAACCAUCCUCUCAUGGGCCGAGAUGUGCUGCUUCGGAUGGUAGAUGCUUUUGCAGCAGUUUCUGAUGAUAUCCAGGAGAGGUCAGACUUUCUGCAGGCAGUCAUGGUCCUCUGUCCCCCUUUUUCUGGUAUCAAAACUCUCUGAAACAAUACUAACAGGUCACUCUUUCAACAAUAAAUAACCCAGAAAAAAAUAAUACAGGUCUGCCGUAAGUGGGCCACACAGCACACGUCUAAUUCACCGGCGUUAUCGUCCUUUUACCGACUCUUCCGACGUUCAUAAUAUCAGUAUUCAAACUUGAGUUCAACACUUUUAAAUAAAGCUGAAAUUGUACGUACAUCA